UCUCCAAACAUGUCUACUGCUGUACAUGACAACGUAAAGAAUUAUUAUGGCUCACGCCUGGAAACUUCAGAGGACUUGCAGACCAAUGCUGCAUGCGUCAUGCCUUGCAGGCCGAUGCCCAAAAGUGCAUGUGAAGCCUUAAAACAAGUCCACCCAGAUGUGUGCAAGAGGUAUUUUGGUUGCGGUCUAGUGGUUCCAGAGAAACUGGAGGGAUGUAAAGUUCUUGAUCUGGGUAGUGGAUCAGGCAGAGAUUGCUAUGUCCUAAGUAAACUGGUGGGAGAGAGGGGUCAAGUCAUUGGAUUGGACAUGACAGACGAGAUGAUAGUUGCCUCACAGAAAUAUGUCCAGUACCACCAGGAGAAGUUUGGAUACUUUAAACCAAACACUGUGUUUGUGAAAGGAUACAUGGAGAAUCUCAGUGAUGCAGGGAUACAGAACAACUCCUUGGAUGUAGUUGUGUCAAAUUGUGUGAUAUGUCUAUGCCCAGAUAAGAAAACUGUGAUAAGGGAAGCGUACAAAGUUCUUAAGGAGGGUGGAGAGUUGUAUUAUAGUGACAUGUAUGCAAACCAAGUUGUUCCAGACUCUUUCAAGGAAGAUCCAGUUUUGUGGGGUGAGGGAAUGGCUGGCGCCCUCUACUGGCAGGAUCUCAUCACUCUGAUGAAGGAGACGGGGUUCAGCGCUCCUCACCUGGUUGCAGGAAGUCACAUUGUGGUUCACAACCCAGAACUUCAGAAAAAGAUAGGUGAUGUUAAAUACGCAUCUGGAACUUACCGGAUCUUUAAAUUGCCUCAACAUUCCCUCAACACAAGAGCACUUGUGACUUAUAAAGGCACCGUGCCUGACUGCGCUGACUAUUUUGAGUUUGAUGCAUCUCAUACUUUCCAGACAGAUGUUCCAGUGGAGGUGAGUGCAGAGAUGGCUGCAGUCCUCCAGCACACGCGUUUCUCUGCUGACUUUAGUAUCGUGAUGUUAGACACUCCAGACCCAAACUUAUCUGACAACCCACAGUAUUGCCACCUCAGCCCGUUUCUUCUCGCGGAUAGACUUGGCUCCUCAGUAAAGCAGUGCUCGAAGACAGGACACUAAGGUAACUGGAUACUCCAGAGGACUAUGUGAUGUAUAUAUCACUACUUUGGCAGUAAGAGUUACAGAGAAUAUACUUAUUCAAAACAGAUUAGGUGACUCUACAGCAAAUUGCAUUCUUCAGGGGUCUUUAUUCAGAUGUGAUAUCAAACCAAUUUAUUUAGACUUUUUACAUCAUAACAUAACACAUAUCUAACCAGUAAUCACGAUACACUGGUUGUGUCCCAUUUCGAAGGCUGUGACCUUCUAGGGAUGUAUGCUAAGCAUAGGUGUCAUUUACACUGGGGACGCUGGGGACAUGUCCCCACCACUUUUUGAAAUGGUUGAUUAAGUCCCCACCACUUUUUGGAAGCAUUUGGUUAAAAUGUUCUGAAAAAUCAAGUGAACCAAGAAAUGUUAAAAGUUUAUUUGCAAAAAAAUAAAACAUGCAAUGCUUUAAAUGUAAGAAUUUUUAGAUAUUUUUACUGAAAACAAGACAAAAAUACUAAGAUUUUUUUUCUUGAAAAUAUUUUUUUGCAAAAAAAAUUCAAGAAAAAAAAUUCUUAGUAUUUUUGUCCUGUUUUCAGCAAAAUAUCAAAAAAUUCUUAAAUUAAGAUAGUUUUUCUUGAUGAGCAAAACUACACAAGAAAAUAUACCAAAAAUAUCAAAUUUAAGUGAUUUUGUGCAUAAAACAAGCAAAAAAAUCUGCCACUGGGGUAAGCAAAAAAUAUUGAAAAUUUUUCUUAAACACUAAAUUCAAGAAAAAUUCAAGAAAAAUAUACUAUAAAAAAUAUUAAUAUAAAAAUAUAACCCAUUGAAAAUGAUUUUUUGCUUGUUUUAUGCACAAAAUCACUUAAAUUUGAUAUUUUUGGUCUAAAAACAAGACUUAUUUUCUUAGGUCAUUCUGCUCAUCAGUAAAAUACAUCUUGAUUUAAGAAUGUUUAGAUAUUUUUACUGAAAACAAGACAAAAAUACUAAGUAAUAUUUUUAGCAGUGUGGCCUACGUUAUGCCCAUUUUUGAUGCACCAUUCUUCAAUAUUUUUCCCAUCUUGCUGUAAUGUUUUUUUCAUCUGAUCUUUUGUCCCCAUCACUUUUCAACACAAACUGACGCCCCUGAUGCUAAGACCGAUUGAUUGUGUCACAGCAGCGCGAUUGAAGGUCAGAAGGUCAAUUUGAAGGAUGCUUAAAAUGAAGCCUCAAAGUGUGUCCUUAUUUCUCCGUCAAAUCCUAGGCUAUCCCAAGAUUCAUUGCGCGCCUGUAGCGGCUGAAUAUAAUGGCUGGAUUUUUUAAAUAAACCAUUAAAACCUUUAUUAAAUAAAAUUGUGUAUUUAGCAGAAAAAAGUUUCUUGUCACUGUUUUAUAAGUUAUGUUUUUUAUUAAAAUUAUUCUGUUUAUGUUUCGUAUAUUUCUAAGGUUGAUUAAUUUGAUAUACAGAUGGUUAGUUUAAUCGUGUCAUAUUUUCUAAAAUAAAUGUAUAUUUUUUUGGUUCCAUAUUUAUUUUAAUAAGUCAGAAAUGUCUCCGCUAUGUCCCGCUGACAGGCACGGUGGGCCGAGUGCUAUAGCCUUUUGAGGUCGCAGCCCUUGAAAUGGGACACAGCUACCAUCUCCAGGUCACCGGAUUCCAUUUCAAGGGGAUGAUCAUGGAUUAUAAGCUUUUGUUAUUGAUAACAUUUUAUAAUAAAAAAAAAAUACUAAUUACUUACUGUAAUAUUUGUAUUCAAAUGCAUCAUUUUGCUAAAUCAAGCCCUUAGAGGCUCAAAUGUGUGUUUUUUUUUUUACUUUAUUUGGAUUCAGAUUUAAACCCGUUUAUAUCCUCACAUAAUGAAAUGAUGAAUAAAUGUGUUAUUUAAUAAUCAUUAAAUCAUACUGUUAUGGUUUUAAUUGUUUUUAACAUAAAGAAAGCUUGUUAAUGCAAUUAAAUGCUCAAUUAUAUAUAUUUUUUAAAAUUUGUAAUAGAAAUGAUAUAGAUAAACUUUUAUUUUGUACGUAUAAAUAUGUAUUUUGUAAUUAUUUGAAAUUGGAACAUGUCUUGUUAUGUGCCAUAAGGGGAACAUUUCAUUCUGAUCAUUACAUUUUAAAUGUUGCAGAAAUGUAACCAAAUCGACCAAAAAGGAAGACUACGAAACGACUCAUCAACAAAUAAGACGCAAUAAUGUGAGAAGUGUUGUAAUACAAAGAUUCUAGAGGAUUCCAUUCCCUUGUAUUACAACACUUCUCAUGUCAUUGCGUCUUUUUUUAAGAAAAAUCCUCUAGUAUCAAGAUCCCCAAACUUGCCAAAUGUACACUGCAAUAGUGUAAAUAUGCAGCAUUUUUGUCAAAUCAACACAUAUUUUUAUGUAACUUUUUCUUAAAAAAUGUAGUUAAAUAAUUUCAACUUGAAUGUAUAAGU